CUUCGAAUACAGAUCGAAUCGGUUCCUCACAGGCUUCUACGCCCUCUCCAUGAGCCUAUUCCCUUCCUUCCGCACAACCGUGAUAAAAACAUAAAAUUCUGCUCAAAAUGGCCCCCACGUACCCCACACCCGGGUAACGGGCACCCUAAACAGCCCACUUUUCAGAGCUCUCUCGUCCUUAUCCCAACCAACUCCAUCCUUCCGUCUCUUCUUGAUUUGCCUCGUACUGUCUUCAUUCUCGCCGCAAUGCCUCCCAAGAAAGCCCUCGUUGAAGCCGCCAAUGUCAUCCGCUUCGGGCGGAUGAAGAACCACCUGAAGAUGGGAGUGGUUGGACUGCCCAACGUCGGAAAAUCCAGUCUUUUCAACCUCCUCACCUCGCAGGCCGCUGCCGCGGAAAACUACCCUUUCUGCACAAUUGAGCCGAAUGAGGCGCGGUGUCCCGUCCCCGACGCCCGGUACGACUACUUGACACAGAUCUGGAACCCUCCGUCCAAGUACCCCGCGUACCUCAGCAUCACCGACAUCGCCGGGCUGAUCAAGGGCGCGUCCGAGGGCGCCGGUCUCGGCAACGCUUUCCUCUCGCACAUCCAGGCCGUUGACGGAAUCUACCACGUAGUGCGCGCCUUCGAGAACGACGACGUAGUGCACGUCGACGAUUCCGUGGACCCCGUGCGCGACCUCAGCACCAUCAACAGCGAGCUGUGCAAGAAGGAUCUCGAGAUCGUGGGCAAGGGGAUUGAGACCGAGGCGAUUAAUGUCCGCAAGGCGCAGGGCAAGGCGAACCCCCUGUUCGCCGAGUGCGCGGCAAAGAUGCGCGAUCUCCUCGAGAAGUCCACCCCGAUCCGCGAUGGAAAGUGGAGCGCCGCUGAGGUCGAGAUGAUCAACGAGAAGUUCGCGCUGAUCACCACGAAACCGAUGAUCUACCUCGUCAACCUCUCGAAGACCGACUACAUCCGCAAGAAGAACAAGUGGCUGGCGAAGAUCUCGAAAUGGGUGCAGGAGAACGGCGGUGGCUCGCUUAUCCCCAUCUCCGUCGAGUUCGAGCAGGCGCUGUGGGAAAAGCGCGAGGACCCUGCGGCCGUCGAGGAGUUCCUGACUAGUGCGGGGGUGCAGAGUGUCCUGCCGAAGGUUAUCACCCAGGGUUUCACGCAGCUCGGCCUGAUCUACUACUUCACCGCCGGUGAUAAGGAGGUCCGCUGCUGGACUAUCCGUGACGGAACGCUCGCGCCGCAGGCGGCCGGCGUUAUCCACGGUGACUUCGAGCGCGGAUUUAUCAAGGCCGAGGUGGUGGCGUACGAAGACUUCAAGACCCUCAGCGCGGGAAAGAAGGGAAUGACCGAGGUCAAGGCGGCUGGAAAGUACAGACAGGAGGGAAGGACAUAUGUGGUCAAUGACGGAGAUAUCAUUCAUUUCCAGUUCAAUGUCACGGCGCAGAAGAAGAAGUAGAUUGUUUAUCAGUGCUUCGAAUGAUGGGUACGAGUAAAAAUGGGCGAUUGGAAUGUAUCUAGAUACCUCAAAAUAGACAUGAUACCAGUGGGAGUGGCGAAAUACUCACUACUUCCGUAACGAUCACAACG